CGUAGCGUUGACUGGUGUUUUCCUCCAUAGCAGUAAACGGUUGCCGCUGGUUUUACUUGAAGCGCCGUCGCUGUUUUGUAUUUGCUUAAACUUGCUAGCGAAAGCCUCGACUUGAUACUUGUACUUUGGACUUAUAAACAUAAAUCUUGAAGGCAGGUCUGCGCAAUGGAGCGAAGCCUCCAGCAGGGCUCCCUCAGGCAAGAGAAGAAAUGCACGAACCCUGUCAGCAGUCGUCAGGCAGCAGCCACCUUCUCCUUGUCCUCCUCUAUCUGGAUGCUAUCUGUCGUGUAUGCAGAUUCCCACAGCGGACUGUCGGCUGAUUCCUGUAGCUGUAAACAUCUCGGCCCUCACCACCCUCUUGACAUGUCAGAGAUAUGGCAUCAGAUUUUCUAUGUACAAAUACAAAACCUGAGGGUUGAGACAACAAGAUGAUGUAAGGUUGUGUUCAGGUGUGUGUUGUUGCGUGACCUGAACCUCAGGGCAUCCUGACCUCUGCUGCUUAAGACUGCAACAUUCCGAGGAACGGAUUUUUCCUGUUCCCUUCAAGGUUCCAGUUUGUGUGAAGCUGCAGUGCGAGCUCCAAAUCCUUCAGACUGUCUACUGCUGUGACAAUAAGCAGAUGGGAGUUUCUGUCCAUCCUCUGCAGCACCAGGCUCGUCACUGCGCUCCCUCCUUAGGUCUUAGAGAAACACAGUGUUCCUGUUCCUUGCGAUUGUGACUGCGUAGGUAGUAAUCGGUUAAAGGAAUCUGCACUGGAGUGUAAAUAAAAACUAAUGCGACGCAGCAGUUUUUCCACUGUAGCCCAGAGCAAGUCAGACAGGAGAUGUUGGUGUGAUCAUUCUGUUCUGAGAGGGUCAGUAAAGUGAAGUUCCAGAUGUUGAGUGGUUAGAAGAACCCAAGGAUCAGAGGCAAACCUUUAGCUUCUAGCUUGUGCGUGAGCGAGGCCGACCGUCUCCGUUGUCAUUUUAAACCAUUAGAUUUCAGGAUCCUGUAAAAUGUCCACCAUAUUCAGGACUGAGGGUGUGACAGGAGUAGGGAAGAAGUUGAUAGUUGACGUCCAUAAGUGUUGAGAGGAUCAAAGAUGGACGGCUAGAAAAAGGUGAUGCACAACAAGUGUGUUUACUGACGCAGUGACACCAGUCAAAGAACAGAGGGAGGAUCGGAAACUCAGUUUGACAGCUUGUGAUGUCUUUGCACUAGUGUUGUAAAUUGAAGUGAUACUUCUACAACAGCUUUAGAGACUUCAUGUAGAAAAUGUCCUGAGGUUCUUAUUAUAAUAAAUAUUCAUGUGCGUUUUAAAUUGAAUAAACUCAAAUUUGUGUGAUUAAGCUGUUGAGUUUUUCUGGGCCAAGAGAAACUACAUUCAGUAGAUUGUCUUCUUGUCAUUUGACUGUCAGUGAUGCUCAUUUGGUUAUUUGAUCAAAACUUUAUCUGAACAGUUUUACAUCCUGUUCUUUCAGAUCGGGCAAUAUUAGGUCAUGUUAACUAUAGUAAAGCCUAAUCCAACAGUGUUCAGACUGGAAAAACUGGCAUCACCAGUGACCGUCUGCUUUUCACACAAAUUAUUCUGAAUGUCUAAUGUACAGGUCCUUGUUCCUGUCAUCCAACAAAUGGUUGUUUGUUUAGAUCACCUGAUAGCAGGUUCACACAACUGGUGUGUGGCUUAAGAAGCUUACGGCCCUUUUCCCAGAAAUGUUAUCUGAAUACUGAGGCGUCCGGUUUUGUUUUAUUUAUGGCAGAAACAGAGAAGCAGAGGAUCCUGGUAUUACAUGUGGAGGACUCCUUUGUAGUUGCCUGGGAGGUGGUAUUAUUUAAGAAGAAGCUUUCACUUCAAGGAAAGUGCACACGGAUAAAAGAGGGGUUUGCAUUAGAAUAAGGCUGAAGAGCACAAUGGGACAACCUUCAGCUGCUUGUAUGGGCUUUUAUUUUAGUGCAUGGAUAGAGCCUGUGUGAAAACUGAACCCUGUUUCCAGCCCCACACUAACUGUAAUGUAAGCACCAUUUGUGUUGGGGAUCUAAGACACGUCUUCCCUUUCGCCACUCAGUGUCUAAGAAGCACGGGAAGCUGAUCACGUUCUUGCGCUCCUUCAUGAAGUCCAGACCCACCAAGCAGAAGCUGAAGCAGAGGGGCAUCCUCCGGGAGAGGGUGUUCGGCUGUGACCUGGGAGAACAUCUGCUCAACUCAGGACAUGACGUGCCCCAAGUCCUCAAGAGCUGCACUGAGUUCAUUGAGAAACACGGCGUGGUGGAUGGCAUAUAUCGACUCUCCGGGAUCGCCUCAAACAUCCAGAAACUGCGGCAUGAGUUUGACUCGGAGCAGAUUCCCGACCUGACCAAAGAUGUUUACAUCCAGGAUAUCCACUGUGUUGGCUCGCUGUGUAAGCUGUACUUCAGAGAACUGCCGAACCCCCUGCUCACCUACCAGCUCUACGAGAAAUUCUCUGAUGCUGUAUCAGCAGCCACCGACGAGGAACGACUAAUCAAAAUCCAUGAUGUCAUCCAGCAGCUUCCGCCGCCACAUUACAGGACCCUGGAGUUCCUCAUGAGGCACCUUUCCCAUCUGGCAACAUUCAGCUACAUCACCAACAUGCACAGCAAGAACCUAGCCAUCGUCUGGGCCCCCAACCUGCUGAGGUCAAAACAGAUUGAAUCUGCAUGCUUCAGUGGGACAGCCGCCUUCAUGGAAGUUAGAAUCCAGUCUGUGGUGGUGGAGUUCAUCCUCAACCACGUGGACGUUCUGUUUAGCACUAAACUCAGCACGCUAAUACGAGAGGGAGCAGGUCACAAUUCAUUGUCACGUCCUAAGUCCUUGCUAGUUUCAUCACCUUCCACUAAGCUUCUGAGUCUGGAGGAGGCCCAGGCCAGAACUCAGGCUCAGAUCAACUCUCCUGUCACAGAAGACAGCAAGUACAUCGAGGUUGGCGAGGGCCCAGCUGCCCUGCAGGGCAAAUUCCACACGGUCAUCGAGUUUCCCACCGAGAGGAAGAGGCCUCCUAUCAAAUCAAAGAAGUCUCCUGUGGGCAGCUGGCGGUCGUUCUUCAACCUGGGCAAGUCUUCUGCCAUGUCCAAGCGCAAGCUGCACCGCAAUCCCAGUGAACCUAAUGAGCUAAAAGCUAUGGCUCUUUCUGGAGGCAGAGGAGACACAGCAACAUUAAGAUCAGCCAAAAGUGAAGAGUCACUGAGUUCCCUGCACAACGUAGAAGGAGAGUCCAAGGUGUACCGUCCUCGGAGGCCACGUUCCAGCAGCGAUGCUCUGUCAGCCUCUUUUAACGGGGAGCUUCUGGACAGCCGUCAGCACUGUAACUCCUACGACAACCUGGAUGCCACCGAGGACAGCGACGGAGACGACGGGCCCAUCUGUGUGCCUGCUCUCAUCUCACCUCCCCGCUCAGCAGGGGAAGACGUGGACCUCAGCCCGCCAGACAUCGGCAUGGCCUCUUUGGACUUUGACCCUAUGUCUUUCCAGUGCAGUCUUCCUGACACUUCGUACACCUUUCCUGUAGAUGACACACCAGCCGAAGCAGAGGCCUGUACAAUAAAGAGGAGCCCCAGCAGCAUGUGUGGCAAAACCAAUAUUUCUGACCUCAUCUCUGCCUCGUUCCUGGGCAGUUUGACCUCUCGCGUGUUGUCCACAGACUUCACCCCGUCUGCUGGAGACAAUGCGGAACGCAAGAAAAUGACCACCUCCUACUCCUACACUGAUAAACCCACACAGGCUGUGUCACCUAUCAAAUGUGGAAAGGCUUAUAGUUUGACACCUUUUAGAACUUCUGAUCUUUUCACCAUAGACAUGCCUGACAAAAACACAGUGGGAGAGGCUGUCCCUCCACAGCCAUCUUCUCCCUCUGUAAUACCCAAGGACAGCCCACCACCAAUGGGCAGUGUGCUGCUCAGGGUAGCAGAGCCAUCGCUAAGUGAAGCAUUCCAGAUGGAGCUGCACUCCAAGCAUUCAGGCAUUGACAGUGUGGACAAUCAAGAGGGCAUCGACCAGCAAGCAGCAGCCAGUAGCCAAGAUCAUCAAGGACUCGUAGGUCUGGACUCUUCAAGGGACCUGGCUUCUCGUCCCCUCAAAUCUACAGCUCCCACCUCUACCCCUCCUCCUCCUCCCCCACCUAAAAAUGCUGCCCGCAUGUUGGCACUGGCCCUCACUGAGUCUGCCCAGCAGGUUUCCACCCUGACCCAGUCCUUUGAGUUGAGAACACCUGAGUCCCCUGUGCGGUCACAGGCCGCGUCCAACAUUCAGGACGCGCCAGAUACAGGCCCGCUCCCAGAUUUUGAGGGAGCUGGGCGAAGAGGAUCCCCACGGAAAUGUGACCAGUUCACAUUUCCGACUGUCACCACCUCGCCUUCUUGUACUUCCCCUUCUAGUCCUCAAAACAAAAAGCAGCCUCUAGAGUCAACCAGCACAGUGUCAAACCCACCAGACGGUACCAAGUCCUUCACAAGGCUGGACACAGAGUUCUCCCCACCAGACACUCCUCUGUACAAAAGCACCCCACUCUCCAGUUCAGCCAGUCUGACUUUUCCAAGCAGGAAAAGCCCUGAAAGGCCGCAGACUAUGGCUGCAGAGUCCCAACUGUGCAGCAACUCUUCAAGCACCACUCCAGCCAACACCCCCAGUAGCAGCUGUAAAGACACAGGAGUGUUACCACAGCCUGCCAGUGAGGUGAAACCAGAACCAAUUGUACUGUCUCCCAUACUUCCAAACCCGUCAGACCAGCCACCUCCUACAGCCCAAAAGUUUAAAAAGCAGACAGUCUCACUGCUGCAACAUCAAACACCAACUCAGCCGCAGACCCAGCAUCCAAGCCAGCAUCCAACUCAGAAUCAGAGCCAAUAUCCAAACCAGCAUCCCACCCAGCCUCAUCAACAAACACCGUUUCAUACACAAAUCCAACUCCAACCUCCGACCCUUUCAAAAGCCAGUGCAAGAGUGGCCCCCACCUCUGUGGAGCCUGUGGAAAAGCCUUGGGAAGCCAUCAAGCCUGUACAGCCCUGUACAGAGUCUGCAAAGCAUCACGACUUGUAUGCACCUAAGCCUCCAGCCCCUCCUGUCCGCACCAUUGAGAGCAAACUGGCCACUGCAGCUCUCAGCCAAAGCGAAGCGUCCUUUUUUAUGUUGAGUGAGGGCUCUGAACCUGGCCAGCCCGAGGAUGCUCUGCCUCACCACCCUCUUUCUCCUCGUAAAUCAUCCAUGCACCAGCCACCUUACCUGCACCACGCUAAAGGAGAGCCCAUUUUAAUUGAGCCUCCUGGAGCUACAUACUACCACCAGAGACCAGUUCCUGUGGGGCCACAGUCUAUUCCACACCACUACCGGCCAGACAGCGUCCCUCCACACCUCUCUUACGUAUCCAAGUCUGAGCCUCAGAUUCCUUACAGUGCCCGACUAGACAACCGAUAUAGCACUUUAGGCCCCAGGUCCUACCACCACUCCAUGAAGUCCCGCGGAAACCCCCGGAGUGUGUAUAUGUCUCCGGGUCCAGAGCACCAAGGUUAUAGCCACGAUAGAACCCAUGGCUAUCCCACCAUCCGCAGAGUCCACUCACUUCACGUUCCUUCUACUAUCCGCUCCGUGCCAAUCCAGAGGACAGAAGUCCCUCCUGAUGAUGACUUGUUCUUCUACCACAGGCCUGUGUAUCAGUGCAAAGCCUACCAGCAGCCCCCGCAGCAAUCCUCACAAGGUGACUACCAUGUCACGCAGCUGCAGCCUUACUUUGAAAAUGGACGUGUUCAGUAUCGCUAUAGUCCGUACUCCGGUUCCAGCCCUUUGGAGGCACCUUACUAUGACAUUGACCCUUAUGGAUCCCUAAGAGUGCGGCAUUUUCAUUCUUAUGGUAGCCGAGAUCCAGGAGUGAUUACUGUUCGACCAGCUGGAAAGGCGACUGGGUAUCAUUACCUUGCUCGCCAUGUUCUCCCACAUGGGAAGGAGCACAGCUUUGUAAGCAGGGAAAUACCCCCCAGCCAUGGGUCAAAGGAGUCCAGUGCUUACCUCGCUUGGGACCCUGAGGAGUCAGAAAGGCUCCGCAUGCACUCUAUCCGCAGAGAGAGCAGGGCCAGACAGAAAAUCAAAGGUCCUGUUCUCUCUCAGUAUGACAACGUCAGCUUGUUUGCAUCAGCAGAUAUACCAGGCUAUGAAACCCUGCAUCUGCGCAGCAAAUCGGACCCAGGUAAAGCUGUGCUGAUAGCAUCAGAGGGCAAAGAUGGCCGCUACCUCCCCAGGCACAUGGUAUCUGACCCCGACGUCCUCAUGUACAUGGAGACUGACAAGCACGUCCAUGGCAGUGUGGUGAGCGACAAGCUGGACGGAGCUGGCAUACAAAGUAGUUCAAAAAAAUGCCAGUCAUCUCACUCACUCCCUGCAACUCUGAGCCACAGUCUCCCCCAUCAGCAGGAGAGCGUCCGACACGAGGCCAGGUACGAAGCCGGGGACGACAAGCUGGCUGGAGAUGGCGGCAGGUCCAAACACUGGCAGCAGGAGUUCCCCGACAAGAGGACCUUUCAACCACGGUACGAGUGUGGCGACACUGACCACCACCUUCCAGUGAAACCACCAAGUGGCUACCACAGUACAGACGAGCAGCCAUCCGCUCCCAGGGAACAGCUCAACCGUGCCAAACCGGAGCGGUCACACAGCGUCCGAGAGCAGCUCCUGUACAGCCAGGGCAAGUCUGACCUGGACAGGGACUACUCUAAUCACAAGCAGAGCACUAAAACGGCGCAGUCCCACUACGAUAACUUGGACGAUUAUCACCCAGUACCUCAGCCCCAGGCCCCUGUUCAGAAACGCGGAGGCUCGAGCGCCUGUACUGCCCCAGGCUUCACAGUGAGCCACAACAACAGAGCGUACUCCACAGCACUGGGCCAGGGGGCCUUUAUCCAGACUGACCUUGGCAUGCAGAGGCCAGAGACAGAGAUACGUACAGAAUGAAGCAUUUAAGCCGAAAUGGGGGAAAUUACUUUAGCUGUUUUGAAGAAAGACUCUAUUGAGCUAUGGUUCAGCAGCCUCUGCAGGACAGUGGACUGUGAUAUAACCAAUAUUUUUGCUCCUCUGUAUUUUUAAUGAAUUGUAAAGAAAAUUGUAAGACUUUUUACAUAAAGUCCUGAAUGUACCUAAUAUUAUUGUCCAAGAGGUCAUAUUAUCGUGAUUGAUUGAGGCAGUACCCAGUCAUAAAUGUAUAUGAUAAUAAAGAGGUAUGGUACAUUUAAUGGGAAUCACAACAAUGUCAAAUAUAUAUAGAUAUAUAUAGAUAUAUAUGAAUAGAAUCUGUAGUGAAAACGGAUCUUCAUUGUAUUUUUCUUUUUCUUUUCUAAGGUGUCGUAUUGGGUGAGAAUCAACUGGGAUUAAAGUUUGCAUUUUAGAAAUGCAUGCAUCUCUUUACAGAACAGUUCUGUGUACUUCACUAUCCAUUGCGUUCUUUUUGGAUGUUACAGCACAAGUUACUGGAGGAGGAGACUCGUAGGUCAUCGCACUCCCCCCCUGCGUGUGUGUACACAAGCAGGGGAAACGGUGCGUGUCUGCGUCCGUCAUGAAGGAUCCAGCAGCGUGAGGAUUGAUUCGGAGCUACAGCGGGUUGCUUGGAGCCCGCGUUGCCUUGUUUUUUUUUUCUGUGACUGUCCCAUUGUUCUGUAACUUUGCUUUGAACGGUUUUAAAUUAUUUCUGACGGAAUGUCUUGGUACAGAAGUAGAGGGACCAAAUGAGUUUCUGCAGCUGUUGCACAUAAUAGGCUGAAAAGAGGAAGACAGAUGAAUGUCUGUUGUAGCUCUAACUAUGUAAGAAAAUGUGUGAAAGGUUAUUUUAUUUCAUUUUGUUCAUCGCAUCAACAGCACAUUAACAGAACGACAAAAUAAAGCUGUAAACAAUAUAAUUUUGGGGGUUCCCCGUUUCCUUAGUACAAACUUAGUUGGCCAAUAAUUUUGCAGUUCAAGCCUUUUUUUUUCUUUAAUAUCUGGGGACAUUUUUCUAGACUGGUAUUUAAGGUAUAGGUAUUAUACUACAUGCCCUUCUCAACAUGGUGGAUGGAUUCCAAGAUGUUUCAAAUAUGUCUAAAUCCAGGUUGUACUCUGUAACUGUUUGACUGUACAUCGCUUGCAGGUUUGCUCCUCUUGCCUUAUAUGAAGCCUUGACCCUUUCAGACGGCUGUCUAAGUAAGGCAUUGUGUACUCGAAUGUGAAAACACUCUUGUCUCAAACUAGAGAUCUCGAAAGUUAGACAUAAAAUAAAUAAAACUGUUCAGGAGUAGCUGAAUAAUUUGCAUCUUU